UGGGUGGUGAUGCCACUUGGUCCUGGUGGUGAGCAGAACGUGGAGAAGCCCCCAGCAUGUGAGAGCAUCCUCCAGCCCAGCACAGCCACCACCUGAGUGUGGGGCUGGUGGCACUGUCCCCGGGGCCACCACUGGCAUGGGGCAUGAGGAGGGGCCAUGAGCAGAGGGUGCCUGUGGACGCUAAGGAUCCCUGGGACUCUGCAACCUUGAAUCAGCCUUCGGGUGCUGCAGCCAGGCUAUGGCUGGGCUGGGCUGGGUGCACACCGGUCCGGUGGGGACAAGUGCCCAUGGCAGCUUGGAGUGGCCGCCUGAACCUGCCCUGGCCGCUCUGGUCCUGGCUGCCCUGCCUUGGGCUUCCCUUCCCGCAUGGGCUCAGACCACACUGUGCCCAGUGUCCCAGCUUGUUUCCCUGAAUGGCCCCAGGUGCCUGCGGCAAUCUGGAGAUGGUGCUGCCCAUAUCCAGCAGCAAUGUCAGGUUAAAGUCAGUCCGUCUGCCUCUCCCCAGCAGGUCUGUCUGUCUGACCAUCCUCUCUGACAACGUCUGUGUAUGAGCAGGGCUUGGCAAGGCUGCACAGCUCACCAGUUCCCGCAUUGUCUCCUUCCAGGGCACGCAGCGGUCCCUGGGGAGGUGCAGGGAGAUUCAGGCGCCGAGCCCCUCCAUUCUCACCAGGAGCCGUCUCCAGGUACCCACUACCAUGUCCAAGGAUGACGUGGGCUGCAAGCUGACCUCUGUCUACAAGCACAAGGAAAGGAAGCCAAAAAAGCCCCACUACAUCCCAAGGCCAUGGGGCAAGCCAUACAACUACAAGUGUUUCCAGUGCCCCUUCACCUGCAUGGAGAAGUCCCACCUCUACAACCACAUGAAGUACAGCCUGUGCAAGAACUCCCUCUCCCUCCUCAUCGAGUCUGACUGGCCCUACAAGAAGGGCAACCUGCUCCACCCGGAGCUGCGGCUCCUGCACGCCACCGAGGCCACCCGGCUGCGUGGGCGCCGGGACGAGCCGGAGACCUGCGACUCCUCGGCCACAUUGGGAGGGUCGGGUAGGACCAAGCAGACCCCUGGCAGGGAUGGCCAUGAGGAGAAGCAGAUGCCAGGGGUGGAGAUCCUGCCUGCUGAAGGGGCUGCUGAAGAAGGCGGCCCCUUCCAGGAGGAGGAGGAGGAUGUGGCUGGCCUCUUGAGGCAGAUGGAUACGGGGGAGAAGAAGGAGAAAAAUGAAGAGGCGGGUUGCCAAGGUGACCCAGCUGAACCAGAAGUGAACACUUUGGUCUUUGGUUUCAAGAACAAGCGAGACAAGCCUUGCAAGGAGGUGGAGCCCGACUUCAUCAUCACGGAUGUCUUCUCCCUCAAGAACCAUGUCAUGAAAAGCAGGGAAAUGGCCUCCCCGGACCUAGAAGCUAAGCCAAAGCAUUGCAAAGUGCCAAAGAAAUGCCUGGCAAGCAGUGGGAUCCUCAUGGAGCAGUGGAAACUGGUGGCAAAUGGGCAAAGAAGGAACACACCUGAGGUCUCCCCACCUUGUACUGACAGCAACAUCAUCCCUUGCUACCCCCCUCCAGCAUACAGUGACUACCACGAACCUCAGGGCCUCAACCUCUCACUGCUGGGUAUUAACUAUCCACUGAACCCCAGUCUCUUCUCCUACCUGAGCCCCACCAUGGCCAACAGUGCGACAACUCACCCACACUUGGCUCAGCUGCCCUUUUUGGCCUCCACGGCCCAGCUGAUGCAUCCGCAUACCUCCCACUUCCAGCCUCUGCAGAGCCCUGAGCGCUCAGCCUUCCUCCCCCGCUUCUACUACCCCUUGCUCUUUGAGCACACCUUCAGCUCCACUGAAGGCAAAAUGUCCUCCAGCAAGCCGGAGGCCCAGCAGCUGGUGGGCUCCGUCCUGCCCACACCUCCCCAGGCCAAACCCCCCAGUGAGCCGACCAAAGCAGGGCUGCUGAAGGUACCGGUUCUGAAAACAAGUUUUCCUUGGCCCAAAGGCGGCAGAGAGGAGGCAGCCUCCGAGCUCAGCCACGGAGCCAUGCUGAAGGAAGAAGAGGAGAAGUGGCUGUCCCAAGAGAAGGAGAGCAACUCAGAUUUGGGCCUCAACAACCUACGCAAAAAGCCAGCCACUGACAUCUACCAAAAUCUGGUAGGGAUGAAGGAUGGCACUUUUGUUCCCAGUGGCGUCCGGAAGGCAGAGUUGUCAGCAGUGACCUGUCUGGAGACCAGCAGCCCUACAGGCAACAACCUGAAGAGGAAGCUUAGCUCCAAUGAUCUGGAUUUGAUAGGACCUGAAAUGCUGAUGCCUGGAAAACUCAGCUACCAGAGCAGUGGUUCAAGGGCCAACACUGGCCACAUCCCCAGGGUCCUGGAUCACUGGCACACGGACGUCCUUGCAGGCUGGCCUGAGGAACCAGAGAGGGGCAAUGACUCUGAAGUCCUGCCCUUGGGGGGUGCUGGCCCAGACCACAGCCUCUGCAAGCAGAGCAGACCACAAGAGACUUCUGCCACCAUGACAGACUCUGAGGCUACGACCGUGCUUAUCGGGGACCUGUCCAAAACCUUAGAGGAGUACCAAGAGGUGGAGAAGAAACUGUCUGAUCUGGCAAAGGAGGACACUCCCGGGCAAAAAGAGCUGAGGGACCAGCUAGUCAAAAUCCGAAGGGAGCUCUACCACAUCCACCAGGCACUGGAGAAAGCCACCAAACCCCACGAGGGGCCUCUGGACCUCUCGGUGAAGAGAUCCUCUGAAGGCCUGGAGAAGGGCCAGCAGGCCAAGAAGGAGCCAUGCAAUAUGGGCCUGGCCAGUGAGAAGCUCCAUGGCAAAGACCAGGGGACCCUCAACAAAUGCACGGCCACGGGUGAUGCCGGAGAUGAGGAGGGGCUGCCGAGCUGCCUCCUCGAGGCCGAGAACAAAACCAUCGACUUGCUGAUCAAGAUGAGCCGUUCUGAGAGCCUUCGGGCAUCCUCCUCCGAGGACCACCUGGGCGCAGUGAUCAAGGCCGAGGUCCUGCCGCUCACCGUGCCACUGGAGCUCCGGCACGUCAUGGAGCCCUACUACAGCCGUACCACCAAGUGCGAGGCAGACUCCAGUGUCCUGCUCUGCUCUGACGGCAGACCCAGCGCCACCCAGGGCCCUCAGCUCCCGGUCACCACCGAGGAGGGGCCCCUGGGCUGCCGGGCCAUGCAGCGCUCCCUAUCCUGCAGCCUUCCCAGCGAGACAGAUGCCGUGUGCAUCCACAGCCCUCUGCAUGCUGACCCCUAAGUCCACCUUGCUUGAAAGCUCCUGGAUC